UCCCGGAAAGAACAUGUCAGCCUCUAAGCUGCAGCCCCUCAGCUCUUAUGAAACCAAAACGAUCCGUUUUUAAUCAAAAUGUGAGACUGCUCUUUGGUCCAGACGGGUCAUAAAACACGAGGCGGGCUAUAAGAAUCCGGCUGACCCGGUUCAGGACUCAGUGGAGCCUCCGGGAACUGCAGGUCCACGAGUGAUCCAGAAACAUGGCAGCUCCCAGCACCAGCCCACGCGGGACCCUGGAGCGCUCGGUCCGGGAGCGGGUCCCCCCUCUGCUCACCGACCUGUACCAGUUCACCAUGGCCUACGCGUACUGGCGGGCGGGUCGGAACCAGGAGCCGGCCGUGUUCGAGCUCUUCUUCAGGGACAACCCGUUCGGCGGCGGCUUCUCGCUGUUCGCGGGUCUGCAGGACUGUCUGCUGUUCCUGCGCGGCUUCCGCUUCACGGAGCACGAUGUGGAAUUCCUGCGCUCCGUCCUGCCCCCCACCACCGACCCCGCCUUCUUCCAGUUCCUGCUCGGCCUGGACUGCUCGGGCGUGACGCUGCGCUCCGUCCCGGAGGGCUCGGUGGCGUUCGCCAGGGUGCCCGUGAUGGAGGUGGAGGGCCCGCUGGCUGUGGUUCAGCUCCUGGAGACCAGCUUGCUCUGCCUGGUCAACUACGCCAGUCUGGUGUGCAGUAACGCCGCCCGUUUCCGCCUGGCAGCCGGACCCAAGAGGAUGCUGCUGGAGAUGGGCCUCCGGCGGGCGCAGGGUCCGGACGGAGGACUCUCCGCCUCCCGAUACGCGCACAUCGGAGGGUUUGACCUGACCAGUAACGUCCAGGCUGGUUUCCUGUUCGGGAUCCCCGUCGUGGGCACCAUGGCCCACUCCUACGUCACGUCCUUCACCUCCCUGGAGGAGGUGUGGCCACAGACCCUCGUGGCGGCGAACGGCGCCGGUGACCUGGUGGACGUCGUCUCCCUAAUAAAAUCCUGGCUGAGUCGAGUUUGUGAACUCCUGGGAGCUGAACCCGGGAGAAUCCACGAGGGCGAGCUGGCAGCGUUCUCGUCUUACGCCAUCGCCUACCCGCAGAACUUCCUGCCAGUGAUUGACAGCUACAGCGUGGCCCGUAGCGGGCUGCUGAACUUCUGCGCGGUGGCGUUGGCGCUGUGCCAGCUCGGCUACAGACCCGUGGGAGUCCGUCUGGACAGCGGGGACCUCUGCAGGCAGUCCGUGGACGUCCGCCGUGUCUUCAGACUCUGCAGCGAGCGUUUUUCCGUCCCUGCCUUCGAGACUCUGACCAUCGUCGGGACCAACAACAUCUCUGAGCAGAGCAUGACCGAACUCACCAAGAAGGAGAACGAGAUCGACGCGGUCGGUGUCGGAACGCAUCUGGUCACCUGCACCAAGCAGCCGUCUCUGGGCUGUGUUUACAAGCUGGUGGAGGUGCGAGGAAGACCCAGGAUGAAGAUCAGCGAGGACCCGAAGAAGAGCACGGUUCCAGGGAGGAAAGCCGUGUACAGACUCCUGGACCCUGAGGGUCACCCUUUUCUGGACCUGCUGUGUCUGAAGGAGGAGCCUCCCCCCAAGGCGGGCCUCCCCCUCAGCUGUUACCCACUGGGGGGGGAGAACUGUCCUGCUGCAGUCACUCCAGCUCAGGUGAUCUGUCUGAGACAGGAAGUGUUCUCCAAAGGGCAGGUCACGGAGCGUUUGUGCAGCGCUGCAGAAACCAGAGCAAAGGUCCAGAGCUCCCUGCAGACUCUGCACCCUCGACACAAGAGGCUGCACGAGCCCGACUCGUACACGGUGGCGCUGUCAGAGAAACUCCACAACUUGAUUUUAGAGCUGCAAGAAGCCAGCGGCAACUUUUUACUGGCCAACUGAGGAUUUAUUUAUCGUUUCAUCCUGGUUCCCAACCGGAAGUGAUGCCGGUCUCUAAAGCGGGGGGAGAUUUGUACGAGUUCGAAGUUAAAAACUUUCAAACAAAAAGUACGAAACGGAAGAUUUGUGCUGCUGCAGGCCGACAGUGGAGUCAUGUGGACGUUCCCCGUUUCCUUCAGCAGAAGGUUGAGAAUAUGAAGGCCCCUAAACUGCUUUUGUAAAAUUCAGAUCAGAAUGAGAAGGUUUUGUAGUUUACUGUAUUUUAUGGAGUAUUAAGCGAAACUAAAACGUUUUAACAGAUUUUUGAGCGCCGUGUAGCACAUAAAAUCAGCACAACCAGAUUAAUACAUAAGGCUCACUGUUGAUUUAAAAAAAAUUAAAGUAUUUUAAAUGCGCCUUAUAGUCCAAAAAUUACGGUACUCCUAUCGCCGAAGCCUUUUAGUCGCCCCUUUUCAUUUAAACGUUUUUGUGUGCGCUCACCUCUGCCCAGCUGUUCUCCUGCUUGUCAGCACCAUGUACGGCAGGUGGUUUCACUACAUAAUCACGUCACACUCGCGUCUCUAUUUACUACUUAAGACUUAAAAAAUAGCAUUUCUCCUGCUCGUGUUUUUCUUGUCAGAUAUGAAAUUAAAAACACAAUCACGAGCAGAAAUCACUUUUAAUUUUAAUUGUUCCGAAUUCAACUUCUCCUGAUGGCCACACUGCGCACGCACUUCUUUACAACAUUAGGUAACGUGGAGUCCGUGUGAGUGACGCAGGCCCAAACGUCACAAACCGGACGGGGACUUCAACUAACGGUCUUUUCAAAUAAGCAGCGCACGACUCCGCAUGAAAAUCUUCUGAUUUGUUCUUCAGGGCGAUCUGGAAACAAAAGUUUUGGAUAUUUAAAUAAAAAUCUGACUAAUAACGAUGGAAGGACGGGCGCAGUAUCAUAGUUUUGACUUGGAUAGCUGCAAUCCAGAUGCACUCUGACCCAUAACUUUUUAAGGAUUUAUAGAAGUUUAAAACUUGUAUUUUACGUUUGGAUUGGAAUUAUAUUCUUGUAAUCGUGUGACUGUCAAUAUCUUUAAGGAUGUUGGUCACAGUAAAUGGAGGUUGGGGUGUGGUUUGAUUAUACGGUGAAACGGCUUGCUGUACUUUGAGCGAGCACGCAGAAUCGAGCGUGCACGUACCGUAUCACGUCUGCUCGGCUUAUUGUGCGCAUCGCUCGGCACGCAUGGCUUCAUAUUUCUCUUUAAGGCUCCGCCCCCUGAUUCCUCUGAUUGGUCAGCCUGUAGAAGCGAUGGCGUGAUUUUUACGUUGUUGACGUCUUUAAUUAAUCGUACAGUAUCUCCUGAACUAAAAAUGUUGGUGUUGAUUUAGAUUUAUAGGGCGCCUCUGAUGCAGAUAACCAGAGAAGAUGAGAAAUCUGAUGGAAACUUUCAGCGGAUGUGGACAGAUUUGUUACUUUAGAGUCACGUGGUGCUGUUCUCUGUCCACAACUGAUGCUGACUUUUUACCCAGCAUGCAUCAGGCAGAGCACGCCGUUAGUCUGAGCUGUGCCGAGUCAGCCAGGCGUCGUUGCUGAAGUACUGAACUACUCAACUAAAAGUGAGUUUUUAUUCAUCAUUAGUGUUUUUUUCUGUCUUCUUUUGGUUUAAGCUUUUUUUUUUUUUAACAGAUAUUUAGUAAAACCAACUAGAAACUAAACUAAAAGUUUUCAUCUCCACAAAUCUGCACGGGAACCAACGUCAGAUUAAAUACACCUUUUGGAGUAAAGCAGUUAUUUCUACCUCAGCGCUCUUAAAUCGUAUAAACUCGUCACAGGUGUAUUUGACAGUUUAGUGUAUUUUUACGGUUUUGUAUUU